GCGCCAGCCCCGGCUCAAGGAGCGCCCGGGCCACUGCCCCGCGGAGAGCGGCUGAAGUCAGGGUUACAACUCACCUUGGAACUGGGGCGCCAGACCUCCCCUAGGCAGGGCGUUCUCCCCCCCCACCCGAUGACAUCAUCUGUUUGGGGCUGAGUCGCUCCAUAAAAGCAGCCCGCGGGAAGCCAGGAGCCCAAAGAACAGAGGUGCUGGCCGUGACGCCCGGCUGCGCGCACAAGGUCCGGGUGAGCGCCCCGCCAGCCCCAGCGCCCGAGCCAGAGGGCGAGGAGGAGCUCAGCCGCCCGCAGCCCGCGCUCUCUGCCCGCGCCGGGAGCCGCCCGAAGAUGCCUCUCCGCAGCCUGCACGCGGCGGCCGUGCUCCUGCUCGUGGUCUUAAAGGAACAGCCUUCCAGCCCAGCCCCGCUCAAUGGAUCCAAGUGGACCUAUAUAGGUCCCGACGGGGAGAAGAGCUGGUCCAAGACCUACCCUUCCUGUGGGGGCCUGCUGCAGUCCCCGAUAGACCUGCACGAUGACAUCCUGCGGUACAAUGCCAGCCUCAGGCCCCUGGCCUUCCAAGGCUACAACCAGUCUGCCAGUCCGCAAUUUGUCCUCACCAACAAUGGCCACUCAGUGAAGGUGAAACUGCCCAAGGACAUGCAGGUCCGCGGCCUCGGGGCCCGCUACAAUGCCUCGCAGCUGCACCUGCACUGGGGGGACAAGAACGACCCUCAUGGCUCCGAGCACACUGUCGGCGGGAAGCACUUUGCCGCCGAGCUGCAUAUUGUCUAUUACAACUCGGACCGGUACCCCAAUGACAGCGUCGCCAAGGACAAGCCAGAAGGCCUCGCGGUCGUAGCUGUUCUCAUAGAGGUGGGCUCCUCCAAUCCAGCAUAUGACAAGAUCUUCGAUCACCUUAAAGCUGUAAAGUACAAAGACCAAGAAGUGUUCAUUCCGGGUUUCAGCAUAGAAGAGCUGCUGCCAGAGAGGCCUGAAGAGUACUACCGCUACAGGGGGUCCCUGACUACCCCUCCCUGCUACCCCACUGUGCUCUGGACGGUGUUCCGGAACCCUGUGCAAAUUUCCCAGGAGCAGCUGAUGAAGUUGGAGACAGACCUGUACUGCACGCACAUGGAUGACCCGUCCCCCAGAGAGAUGGUCAACAACUUUCGGCAGGUCCAGAAGUUUGACGAGAGGCUGGUGUAUGUCUCCUUCCAACAAGGGACAGUGUGUGAGGGCAGUUACAGAGGAUCAGAAGAAACCGUGCAGAAACUUGACAUCCAAAAGUAACCCCCACGUGUACAAUGAACAUGGGGAUAAUUAGCCAUCUUCUUAGACCGGCUCAGGUCUAAGCUGGCGCCUGUAGAGCGGGAAGUGCGAUCAGGCUGGUGGCAGAGCGCUUCAGUAGACCUUCCCAGGCAGGCUGGGGGAGCUUGAGGGGCCUUGAAGCAGACGGGCUCCAGCUUAGGACACUGGAGAUCACAGCCCAAAUGCAGCUUUGCACCACCUGUCCUGCAUAGCUCACCUGGAGCUAUUGCUCCCAGAAGCGGGGCUGGGCUCGCUCCUUGGAGUGAGAAUCCAUGGCUGUCCAAGGCAAACCUGUUCAUUUGGAGGCUGAUUAUAGAAACUUGGUUAGAAUUCUCCCCUCCCUCUCAAGUCCCAAAGACUCGGGCAGCUAAUGGGGCUGUUUCCCCAAGAAGCAAGGCUGAGUCAGCCCCAAAGAAUGAAGAACCAAACCUCAUCCUCCCAGGGGCACCUGCCCUUCACAAGAGCCUCCUCACACCAAUGUGGAGCAGGUCAAAGACUGUAACAUGCCCUUUGGGUUGAUGGGGUGAGCUUGUUUGUCAGCAGGAACCUUGAGUAAUUUGGACUCAAAUUGUCUGCACGCUCUUUCACUGGGACAUGUCUAUAAUUAGGGGCUGGUUUAAUUCAGGGUCUUCUCUGAAAGUUAACAGGAAUUAUGCAGUUGGACAAUGAAAACUCUGGAGUUUUCUGCCAGGAGAAAAGUAAUGUUAAGAAAAUCCUUUAAGAAACAAAGUACAUGGACUUUGAGAGGGGGGAAUCUAGGGUUUAACCAAACUGGAACAACUGGGACUGAAUCACUUAACUGGACCCUGCUUUUUCCUUAACCAUGCUGGAAAAGGAACACAGAACUUGGUUUCUGUCCUUAAGAGGUAGAGAGUCUCUGACAGCCCUAGGGUAGGGUUUCUUAGUCUUCGUAUGUCAAUAUUGACUUUCGGAGCUGGAUAAUCUUGUUGUGGCGGCUCUCCUAUGCACUGUAGGAUGUUGGGCAGCAUCCUUGACCUCUACCCAUCAGAUACCAGCAGCAUGUCCACCUGUGACCGCCAAAAUGUCUCUCGACAUUGUCAAGUGUCUCUGGGGAGGAGGGGCAAAGUUGCCCCAUUGAGAACCACUGCCCCAGGCAUUUGUACAAUGACUUUCCCAGGCCCAAGACUUUUCCCCACUCAGAUCACAGAAUUCUAGGGUUUUAUAUCACAUGCCCUGGUCUUCAUUCUAUUCUAACCCUGUUUCCCAUCUUCCUUUAAACUUUGAGUAUAAUUGGGUAGGUCCAAGGCUAAGAGAUGGAGAUAAGAUAGAACGAUUCACCUUCAAGGAAGCAAACAAAUCUCUCCAGCAGGGGUCCAGAUGCCUCUGAGGCAGCAGCCUGAAUCCCCUCCUCAUUCUGCUCCGUGCCUUCUCGCUGUAUUUUUUUCCUCUCAUGUUUGUUGUUUCUUCCUGUCUUUGGUUAAAAUGCUCACUUUUUUGGAGAGAAGGGAAAGUCGUGCCAGGGCAUUGUUUUUCAGCUCUUAAAAAAAAGUGCCUCUUCCAGGUGGCACAAAUGAAGUCUUGAGCUGAGGCCGGGCGACAAGACUCAUGUCCUCAAGGUAGGGUUUUGGAGAAAACCUAUCCUGAGAGCAUCCAGAUCUCACAGGAGUCAGAUGCCCAGUGUGAGGAAGGAAGAUGGCCGAGGCAGAUUUAUACAGCCCAGGGGUCCAAGUCUUGGUUCUGAGAAACUUCCCAGCUGAGGACAUCAACACUGGGCCCACAGGGUAGUAAAGCCAGACCGAUUAAACCCAAAUACUGAUGUUAUCAGGCUCUGUUCUCAACGUGUCAGGGCAAGGGAAACUCGAAGGACAAGAGGGAGCCAAAAAGUUUCUAUAAUCAUGUCUUUAGUGGGUUUGAGCUGAGCUAGUGCAUGUCCCAUACCUCACAGUCCAGCUGAGGCGAACCUUAGACAAGACAGCCGGGCGGUCGAGGGGGUAGGGCUUUCAUGCUCAGCCAAGCUGUAGAGGAGCAUGGUUAGAAUCUGCUUGAUCCUCAGGGACCUGGGUAAUUUCAUAAACUGUUUUAAAGAGAGAGAGUGAAAAAAAAUCUUAGAAAGCUAAGAUGGCUAAUUAUCUAAUUUUUUGAGACCAGAAUGUAUGCUUUGUGGUUAUCGACCUUGUGUCUCUAAAGGUUCCUAUUUAUAAAUAAACUCUAUUAGAUGAAAAACUAUCAAUUCUUCCCAGUAACCAAAUGAAAGACCAGAAGAAUUCCCACCUACGAAUCCCCCUCCACACAUACAGGGUCUGAACAGUCAGGAAUAAGCAUCGAAUGUGCUGAGAAAUGGAGUCCUAGUCACACCUCACGCAGUUCAUCACGCCAUGUGUUGCUGAGUACGCCCCACAUCGGCCCCAUGUUUCUCUUCCAUGGUGGAGAAGAGAACACCUCGCCAGGGAUGUUCUCUUCACUUCCAACAAGCCUCUGGCCCAGACAGGAGGAACAGGCGUCAGGCAGAAACCUGGGACCACCAUUCAUGGUCCAGCAUCAGCUGAGCCUUCCAGGCUGUCUCCCUUGCCUCCCCCAUACUGCCCUGUGGGGUCUUCUGCAACACGGCAGGUGCUUCACGUGUGCACGCUACAGACUUUUUCACACAUGGGUCCCUCAGUCUGGGAUGCCCUGCACCUCUCCCACCUGGAAAACUCUGUCAGGACCCAACUCUAAUCAUAUCCUGCCACCCUUCCCCAUUCCCCUGAGGAUGACCUACAGUUUCCUGCUUCUGUGUGGCCAGAACACAGUUAUAGCUCUCUAUAACUCUGUUACAGUUCUUGGCAUAACACAGAGUAAUUAUCUAUUAUCAUGUACAAAAAAAAAAAAUCUACAUUAUCCAUAGACCACAAGCCCCUAGAGCAGGGACGAUGGGCGUCUUACACGCUUUUUGUGCCUGGUGCUCAUUGCAAGUUUGAAAGGAUGGAGCCGACUCAGCUCCCUUCUCCUCCCCUGCCAGUGUCUUCUCCGCAGAACCAUCUGAACAGAAGCCUGACUGGCUGUCAAGUUUUAGUUUUAGGAAGUCUUAAUUUGCUUUGCUGUCAAUUUGCCAACAGCAUUGAAAUCAAUCUGCUUGUUGAGGAACACGUAAAGAUCAGAAGGUAGCUGUCAAGUGUCAGAGGCCUGGGAGGGAGUUGCUGACAGACGCUGUCUGGCCUUCUGUCCUCCUCUGACCUGACGGGGAUGAGAGGUCCCAGUAUUAGUCAAUCCUGCGGCCCAGACAGCCUGACCCACCACAGGGGGCAGAGAGCACGAAGCGCCUGGUGCUGCAUUGUAACCCAUGCCCAUUGUGCCAGGGUUUAGGCCCCUCAGAGCAAUAUGGCCCUCUCUUCUGGGCCAGCGUUCCUGCAAUCUGGAAGGCAAAGCCCUCAGACCCUAACGUGGGUCAUAGAAAGCCAGUUCCCUCGUGUAAUCUGGUGGUAUCCUUUGGGCAGACUUAUUUGUAGAAGUUAUUUAAUAGGUUCCAUUGUGUUAAGAAAACACUCCAGUAAAAUAUAUGCUUUUAAGAUGUUAUGCUCUGUGGUUAUAGAGGGCAUCUUCUUUUACUUUUCUUAACAGAACAUCCUCCAAAGAGAGGACCAGCAUUUCAGUUGCUUGAGUCUAUGACUUAUAUUAAGCAUGAUAAUAAGGAUUUACCAGCUGAAACUGGAUUUUAUAUAUUUAACUCUCAAAUCCCUGCUAAACCCAAAUGCUCCCUGCCUCUUUCAUAAGACUGGAGCCUGCUAAAGACAUAUGUAAUGUGUACAUAUGUAAUCACUACAGAACAUGUCACCUACCACAACAGCCCAUACUUUAAUACUCUGAAAAGGACUGUAUUCCUUUUUAUUCAAAAUUCUGUUUGAAUAAGCAGAAUUGCAAAUACACCUAGAAAUUACUAGACUUGUUCCAGGAUCUUUGAGCUGUAUACAGGAGGUGUUUGUUCCUCCUGCUGGCCUUUUCUGAGUGUGCACUUGAGGCUCCAGAAGACCUCACAUGCAGUUAACCAGCCUCUCUCGGUCCAGCAAGAUACCAGUGGAAGACGCAGCUCCUGAGCCAGCCAGAACAGGUAGUUGUACCCUGUGGUGAGCGGCAUGUCGAUCUCGGGGGUCUGAACCUUCCCCAGUGAGGCAUGUGGCACUGGGGUUCUUCCAUAUCUGUGUGAUUCCUUCUGUGUGUAGUACUGUCCCACCUCUGCUUGCCCUGACUCAUACCAGAGCCCUGUCUGGAGAGCAGGCGGCUCUCCCAUGUCUGUACCGUGUGCAACCCUUCUCCCAGCUCAGGAGCCCCUUUACUGCAUUCUCAUCCUGUGGCUCUCGUGGGCCAUUGCCAUCAACCAGCGUGUCUUGUUCUUCCUGUCCGCUCUUCUGUGGGAACUCCCUGUCUCAUCCGCCAUUCAGAAACCAUUUCUUUGUUUAAUCAAUCUGCAAAUGAGUCUCUGCCCCUCCCUGCACCAUCUUUGAUGCCCAUUCUUGGGCAUUACUGCAGGUUCGGCUUCUCUCACUGGGUGCUAGUUUUCCAGUCUCCCAUCAGUUCUCCUGGCGCCUUCUGUGACUUCCCCUUGUGGCGAGCUACAGUCUACAGGGUUGCAAAGAAUCAGACACGACUGAAGCGACUUGGCAUGCAUGCAUGCUUGCCCUGCAGUUAUCAGAUGCUCUGACUUCUGCCUCUACUGGGACCUAAGCCUUAUGCUGCAUCCAGUUCCACAGAGGAGCCCGGCUCCCUGAGGCUUGGUGCUGUCUUACCUGCAGGGAAGAGCAUCCAACAUCACUGUCCUGUCCUGGGCUUCCUGGCAGGCCGAAUUCCUGCCAGGUGCUGCCCUCGCCACCACUUCUCUUCCCAAGUGGCUUACAUGCUUCACUUGCUCAAACUGCUUUGUUUUUGCUGCAUCAAACACUUGGCUGUGAAGCCUCUAUCCCAGAAUCUGGGGAUUUCCUCAUCUUCCACCUGCUUGGUCUUGUUUCACUGUUUCCGAGGAGAGGCAACUUAGGCCCUAACCAGUCGUCAUCCAGAAGCAAGGAACACACCUUUGAGCCCUGGAUUAAAUUAAGCUAUUAUUUAUAGGGCCUAAAACAGCUAAGGACACUGCUCAGUGACGCAGGAAAAUCAGACUGUCCUUCCAGAACAACCACCCAGCUGGGUCACAUGCUCUUGAGAAAAGCCUCACGCCUGGAGUCUUGCUUCUGGAGGCUUUGCUCUGCUCCCUAAGACCAUGGCCUGGGGGCACCUCCUCCAGCCCUGGAGAUGGGCUCUCAGCUGUCUGGGGACCUGCCUGGCUCUCAGGAUCUUCGAGGUGACUGUGAAAGUGACAAUUUUAGAAACAUCCAGUUUGGACAGCUUAACCAAGUGAUCAGGCUUACUAGUAACCAUCUUACAUGGCAAGAACUAGUUUGGUACCGCAAGCAUCUGGAGCUUUAGGAACAAAGAACAAAAGUGCAUUUCAUCAGAAAGGAUUGGAAAAAAAAAAAAAACAAAAAACCACGACCAGUUGGGGUUCUUUUCGAUGGUGGUUGUUUUUAAGAUCCCGGAGGCCUUGGUUACCUUUGCAUGCGUGCUAUGCAUGCUAAGUCGCUUCAGUCGUGUCCGACUCUGUGCAACCCUAUGGACAGCAGCCCCCAGGCUCCUCUGUCCACAGGAUUCUCUAGGCACAAAUACUGGAGUGGGUUGCCAUUUCUUUCUCCAAGAGGAGAAGACAGUGAAGGUCAAAUAUCCCCGAUAAAAUAUCAGGCAGGGCUUGUGGCCCAGGGCUGGAUACUAUGCAAAAAUGAGGUAACCAGAUCUCAAUAAUGUUAAGAAUUUGAGAUGCCUGUACCACAACUGAAGACAGAGCUUUUUACAGUGGACUCUCUUCUGAGCAGCACUCCUAGAUAUUUCUAUUAUCUGGUACACCUAAACUUCUGAAUAUUCUCCAACUGAUGCUCUAAACACCUCCAAGGUUCUGUAGGUGCUCCAAAAUCAAGGAAGGUCACAUCAUGCCUGGUAGUGUUUUGGUGUUAGCCUAUAUUAUAUAACAGUUAUUUAAAAAUUGGUAAUCCAUAUUUAGGCUCAAUGAUGGCUCCAGUAAUCUUAUUAACUAGAAUAUCCCAUUCUCCCAAUAGGAUCAGUGAUCAGAGUUCAUCAUACAACCAAAACCAAAAUGGGGGCAACAGAAUCUAAUCACCCAUGAUGAAACAGCCCACUGACCAACUCUCUGAUGCAAGAUCACCAGGAUGUUUCAAUGCAACCUCAGCAUUUCAUAGAGUUUCAUGAUGACCAGCUAUCCAAACUCUUAGGUUUUAGUAGGAUUCAAAAUCCUUUAGGUUACCUUAGGUACCUUAGGUUACCUUUAGGUACCUUAAACAAAACAAAACACCAAAUUAUAGUGUGCAGAGGCCACAGGCCAUGUGGAGAACAGAGGUACCUU